GGAUUAGAAGGCACGCAGCUUGAAAUUUUUCCUAAAGCUUAAAGAAAGAAGUCUGGCAAGGCCUCAUUAAAACUUCAACAUAAACAGGGGUUUGCAUUUGCUUCCUGCUUUUCUCCAUAGCCUACUCGAACACCACACCCAGCCUUUCUUUGUGGUCUUACCGAAGGAAUCUGAGUUGUUGAGAACGGCUAUUCUGAAAUCUGUUCCCGGCAUUGAAGUUCGUAUCUGUGUUGAUUCUGCACCGUUAAUGGAACACACCAAUCGAAGCACGAAGGCCGAGCGGAGCACCGUCUUGAAAUAUGUCGAGGUGGUGCCAGAUAAGGAAUUCAUAAUCAGAAUCACUACUGACAAAAGCUAUAAAUGGACUAGUCCGUACAUUGUUAUGGACAUAAUGGUUGACGACGUGGUAAUUACAACGCAUCAUUUUGGCCGCCACGAGUUCGAGCAAGAGUACCAAGCGUCUUCUUCACACGUUCACGAAUGUAUUGGGUCUUGUGGGAUCGAAAAUGAACAGGAGAAAGUUCGCUCUUUCAAAUUCUCCAAGUUAUCUGUGUGCUCACAGCGAGGAAUUGAGAGACGAAAUCGAGGAUGAUUUAUCGCGCCUCGAGAAGACGGGUAAAGCAAAAGUCGGCCUUUAUCGGGCAAAAUCUGUCAAAAUGCUAUCUGCUACCCAGGCCCGCAAGCAUUGCCCGAUCUUUUGAAAACAGCCUGAGUUGAACAAUCGCUUGAUUAAAGACGUUCAUUGGGACGCGAUAAGUGGACGUUUGGAAUGCCAAUCCCAUAUUGCAACCUUGGGAAUUGCUAAACCCAUCGUUGAUCCACGUAUAAGGACUAUUUACGACGUGAAAUAUUUGGAUUUCGAUCGAUCUAGGUUCGUUAAACCUCAGAGAGUCUACAAGUUGAGGUAUCGAUCCGAAGAUACAGUCCUUCUCUAUGACCCUUCUACGAACAUUCUGAAACUAGUUGAUUCUUGGGGUCUCGUGGAGUCUCUCGAGGUCCUUCUCUUUGUUUGCUGGGGCAACAUGGUAAUUGAGAGCAAGCCUACAAUCAAGCUUGAAAACGAUGAUGAAGACGUGGCCGAAGAUGUGACCGGAUCUAUUGUCAAGCGAGAACGCGAUGAAGAUUUGGUUGAGUCUUCCAUGCCUGCUAUGAAAAGGGCUUGGCCGAGAAGAAAUGAGAGGUAGUCAAUAUAUAGCGAUCA